AUGGAUAUCUCCAAGAUGGACAAGUACGCUUCCCCAGUUCACUUCUCGAGCUUCCCGGUUCUGACCAUCUUCCUCGGCGGACUUGGACUCCUCCUGCUCGCCGUCUUCACCAUGAUCCAGGUACAAUAUAUUUCCUUACCGAUUAUCUUCUAAUAAUUUAUUUUGCAGGUCACCUCAACUAAGUACAACCGCAACAUUCUGAAGGAGGUGAUCGUUGCUGCCCUCUCGUCGCUCUUCCUCGGCUUCGGAUCGGUCUUUCUGCUCCUCUGGGUGGGAAUUUACGUCUAA